AUGAAUAAAGGGGUCUCUCGGUCGACCACAUCGAUUCCACCGGAGCCGGUGGAAAUCAUCCGUAGCAAGUCGCACUCCCGUCGGGUGACACUCAAUGUUGGUGGUCUUCUCCACGAAGUUCUAUGGAGAACACUGGACAGGUUGCCCCGAACAAGGCUGGGCAAACUACGAGACUGUAACACCCACGAGUCUCUCAUGGAGAUAUGCGAUGACUACAGUUUGGAUGAUAAUGAGUAUUUUUUCGACAGACACCCUGGGGCUUUCACGUCCAUUCUGAAUUUCUCCCGCACGGGAAAGUUGCACAUGAUGGAGGAGAUGUGUGCUCUGUCGUUCAGUCAGGAGCUGGACUACUGGGGUAUAGAUGAGAUCUACCUGGAGUCCUGCUGCCAGGCCAGGUACCACCAGAAGAAGGAACAGAUGAAUGAGGAGCUCAAACGAGAGGCUGAGUCUAUGAAGACCAGGGAAGGCGAGGAUUUUGAUACCACAUGUUGUUCUGAGAAGCAAAAGAAACUUUGGGAUCUCAUGGAGAAGCCUAGUUCAUCGUUAGCUGCUAAGGUCCUGGCCAUCAUCUCCAUCCUCUUUAUCGUGCUGUCAACUAUUGCCUUGUCUCUGAACACCCUCCCGGAGCUGCAGGACAUAGACGAGUUUGGCCAGGUGACAGACAACCCUCAGCUGGCUCACGUGGAGGCGGUGUGCAUCGCCUGGUUCACAAUGGAGUAUUUGCUCCGCUUCAUCUCCUCGCCAAGCAAGUGGAAGUUCUUCAAGGGUCCGCUGAACAUCAUUGACCUGCUGGCCAUCCUGCCCUACUACGUCACCAUCUUCCUGACUGAGUCCAAUAAGAGUGUUCUACAGUUCCAGAACGUCCGGAGGGUGGUGCAGAUCUUCCGAAUAAUGCGUAUUCUGCGUAUUCUGAAGCUAGCCAGGCAUUCCACAGGGCUCCAGUCUCUGGGCUUCACCCUGAGGAGGAGUUACAAUGAGCUGGGCCUGCUCAUCCUCUUCUUAGCCAUGGGCAUCAUGAUCUUCUCCAGUCUCGUCUUCUUCGCUGAGAAGGACGAAGAGGACACUAAGUUUAAAAGCAUCCCUGCCUCCUUCUGGUGGGCCACCAUUACUAUGACUACGGUGGGGUAUGGCGACAUAUACCCAAAGACUUUAUUGGGCAAGAUUAUUGGGGGUCUGUGCUGCAUAGCUGGAGUGUUGGUGAUAGCCUUGCCCAUCCCUAUCAUCGUCAACAACUUCUCAGAGUUCUACAAGGAGCAGAAGAGGCAGGAAAAGGCCAUCAAGAGGCGGGAGGCCCUGGAGAAAGCCAAGAGAAACGGCAGCAUCGUUUCCAUGAACAUGAAGGAGGCGUUCGCACGCAGCGUCGAGCUCAUGGACGUAGUGGUAGAAAAUAAUGGAGAGAAUAUGGGGAAGUUGCAGGGCAACCACCUGUCUCCCAGCUACAGGAAAGGGACUCCCAAGCGGACUACCUCAGAGACGGGUUCCGCCAAGUUUCUGGAGCCCAGCUCACCAGACAAAGCCCUUCCUGGAAGCCCUCAGCACCUCAACGCUCAGAAACUGGAGGAGAUGUACAACAAGAUGGCCAAGACCCAAUCUCAACCUAACCUUAACAACAAGGACAAGGCACCUUUAUCUAAAGCAGCCAAGAAGAGAGAUGAGAUAGAGAUGGGAAGCAUCCCCAUGGAGCCUGCCCCAACCACAGACAUGAGGAGCAUGUCCAGUAUUGACAGCUUCAUGAGCUGCGCUGCCGACUUCACCGAAAGCGCCCGCUUCUCCCACAGCCCCAGCACCAGUGUACCAGGGAGGGUUAGCGCCAACCCCGUGCUUGAGAUCACCCUGGAGGAUGAGGCCAUGGACGGCCCUCACACUGGUACCAAGCUCCCUGGAGGACGAGGCUCCAAGUGCGGCUUUCCUGACAGCCCCCGUGGCCUGCGCUUCAGUAACCCUCUCAAGAACCGCUCACUCAAGGUCAACUUCAAAGGUGGCGGCGCGGGCCCCUCCUUCUCCUUCUCAGCACAGGGUCCAUGGGGUGGGGCCCUCUCAGAUAGCUCCGCCCUCUCUGACCACUCCUUCAUGAGUCCUGAGGUGUCUGUCUACACCACCGCCAGCAGCAGGACCCCACCCCAUGAGACCCUGAUCCCCACAGUCUUCACAUUCCACGAUGCUUCCAUUAGUAAGUUCAUUGACGCUGACACAGACGAGGAGGAGCACCUCCAUGACGGCUCAGGCACCAACCCCUCCCAGAGGCUCCUGGGAAAAGCCAGCCCCAAGCUCAGCUCCCAUAGCAGCCACCACAUUGCAGCCAACCACCUGGAGGGCUCCCAGAGGAUGCUGGCUAAUAGUGUGUUCCCCUUGGAGGGCAGGCCAGGGGGGGGACAGGAGAACCAUGUGCUCUCCCGGGGAGAGAGCAGUUGUUCAAACACCAAUAAUGGGAGCAAGUGAGGCAGGAAGAGGGAAAAGGUAGUAUGGAGAGCACCCAAACAGGAGGACAUGGUGCAAAUACUACAGAGAAAUAAAAGAAAACAUGAACUCUAACCCAUACCAGGAGCUGCACCUCUACUCACUUGAGUAAAAGGCACUGAAAACACAUUUGGCGUUUUUUGGGGGUUUGUAACAAAUGCCCAAUAAGUAGAACUUUUGGGACACAGGAAGGAGCUCACUCUUCCUUCCUUUUCCUGCUACUUGAGUGCAUAGACCGUCAGGAUGGCAGCAAAAUUACUGAAGGCAUUGGGGGAUGCUACUGUGGGACUGAGAAAGAGAGGGUGCAUUGCUGUAUCCAAAGGGGAUACACAUAACUCUGCAGAAUCAGGUCACGCACAGUAGAUUUAGCCAUUACUGAAUCAACAUUGUGUUAAGAGAAAUUUAGUUUGUUUUCUUCCUCAAAACUGGCCU